CGUCUUGCACACAUUAUUCUCAUUCAUUUGAGGGCUGAUGCAAAGAAAGAUUCGUACAUUGAAAUGUUUCUUGUAAUGUUUAUUGGUAUCCUUGGAUCAAUCAUUGUAUUCAGAACCUACAAUGCCUAUAUCAGUGCUAUGAGGAGACCACCAAAAUAUAUUAAUCUUGGAAGACCAAUCAGAAGAUAUCCACAAUACCAACAAUACCCUCAACAAUCAAAAGGACAAUUUUUCAAUCCAUCUCUUUCACCUCAACAACAACAACAACAACAACCAGGAUAUUACCCUCAACAAGCUCAACCUUUUGGCACACCACAACAAAAUCCUUACAACCCAUAUCAAUCACAAUAUUCACAAAUGCAAACUCAACCAGCCUUUAAUCCACAACAACAACAACAAUUCAUCUUUUCCACACCACAAUCCGAACAGAAAUUAUUCUAUCCUCCACCACCAUCAAACACUAGAAUCAAUUUUACUCCUCAAAGCAUUCCACAAAGAUAUUGAAAAUUUUAUUGAAUAAAGAUUUCACACACAGAC